AUGAGUCUAAUCAAUAGAAGGAAAUAACACAAAAUUAGUAAAGUAAAACAGUCAGCAGAUAUUCGCCAAUAAAUACCCUACAUAGGGGAAUAUAAUGAAGCACCUGAAUAUACCUUAGAUAAUAAAUACUUAUUGACAGGGUAUCGAAUUAACUACAAUACCGUGGGUCUCGCAUUAAAAAGUAUGUUUCAUAAACACAAUGAGACUUGUAACAUAUGGUCACAUCUAUUGCCAUUAUUUUCGUUUUUGGGUUUAUUAGUUUAUUCUCAGGUUUUAUAGAUUGCCCCAUUUAUAUCUUUUAUGAAAGAAUCAGAAAAUCAUUAUUCUGACAUCCAAUUAUGGCCCUUACAAUACUGUUUAUUAUGUGCCAUCAUUUUAUUUACUAUUUCCACUACCUACCACACACUAUUUUGUGUUAAUAAGACUAUGAGUUGUGUUCUUUUAAGACUAGAUUAUGGAGGAAUAUGCUUAGUUGCAAGUGGAGGAGUCAUACCUGUAAUUCAGUAUGGAUUCUAUUGUAAUCAGUAAAUUAAAGAUGUUUAUACAAUUAUGAUUAUUCUGCUAUGCAUUGUAACAUUCACAUCGAGUCUAUUUGAUUAUAUGCAUAAAGAACAAUUCGUGGUUUAUAAAACACUUAUAUAUGGGUUGUUUUUUACUUUUAUCUUCACUCCCGUCUUCCAUUUGAUGAUGUUCAGCAGAUAUAAUUUAUUGGGAGGCCAUUUUCACUUUAACGAUACUGAAAGCUAUUUUUUGCUUAUGCUAAUAUUCUUAAUAUCAGGCAUUACAACAUAUGCUACUCGAUUUCCAGAAAGAUGCUAUCCCAAAAGAUUUGAUAUCUUUAUCAACAGUCAUACCAUUUGGCAUAUCUUUGUGGUUCUAUCAUAUUCAACUGCCUAUCUUAUGUCACUUCAGAUGUAUACAAUUAGAGAGAACUACAAGUGCGCAUGA